CGGAAGAGAGAGAGAGAGAGAGCAGCAGCAGUUUGAUGAGAUUUCAAGAAGCUUCUCUUCGCUCUCUUGCUAACAUACGCACACAUCCACCUUCAUUUUCCGGCAGCUUUCUGACACUUUUCAACGUCGUCUGGCGUUCCUACGCUGGAUUCCGAUCGCGGAGAUGGGAAUACGAUGAGUAGCUUUUGGUCCAUGUCUCUAUCCUGCCACGAUUGUUUAUCCGAUCUCCUCUGCGCCGAGGACGCCGGAAUCCUCGCCGGAGAUGAGCCGGAAUACUCACCGGAUCUGGAAUUUCCGGAGGAUAUCGAGGAAUCUAUCAUCGCUGGAUUCGUAGAGGGAGAAGGAGUGUACGCGCCCGGAUUCGAUUAUCCGGCGAGGUUCCGGUCGCGGUCCCUCGACGCUUCCGCCCGUGAGGAGGCCGUCGGGUGGAUUCUCAAGGUGCAUGCCUAUUACCGUUUCCAGGCACUAACGGCCUAUCUUGCCGUUAACUACAUGGAUAGGUUCCUCUCAACUCACCGUUUGCCGCGGUCGAAUGGGUGGCCAUUACAGCUCUUAUGUGUGGCCUCUCUGUCGUUAGCUGCAAAGAUGGAGGAAACCCUAGUUCCUUCUUUCCUCGAUCUUCAGAUUCAAGGUGCACGAUUCAUAUUCGAACCAAGGACAAUCCGCCGAAUGGAACUUCUCGUUUUAAGCGCUCUUGAUUGGAGGCUCAGAUCCAUUACACCCUUCAGUUUCAUAGAUUUCUUUGCUUACAAGCUCGAUUCAACAAGAGCCUCUAGAAGAUUCUUGGUGUCGCGAGCCACUCAGUUUAUUUUAGCCACCAUCCAAGAGAUUGACUUCCUCGAUUAUGGGCCAUCAGUGGUGGCUGCCGUGGCCGUACUUUGUGCGGCUAAUGCAACUACCGAUCUGCCUUUGAUUAAUCCCGGGGAUGCCGCAUCGUGGUGCAUUGGAUUGAGCAAAGAGAGGAUUCUCAGUUGCUAUGGGUUAAUGCAAGCGGUUGUCGUCGACACCCGCCCGAGAAAGCCUCCGAAAAUCCUACCGCAGCUCAGAGUAACGACCCCGGCUGUGUUGGGCGCUGGCAAUUCGUCUUCGUUAUCAUCUUCCCCUUCCAAGAAAAGGAGAAAGCUGAGUCAUAAAAAAUGGGUGGAGGAUGAUGAUGAUGUGGAGAGAUGAAAGAGAAAAAAUGGUCAUUGCUGAUAUGAGGAGCCUUUUGUUUAAGUGGGUGAUAUUGGAUCCUCAUUAUUUUUAAGAGGAUUGUUUAGAUUGGAUUAACAAAGUGAUUUAGAUUAGUGUUUGGAUAUGUUUGGGAGUUGGGAGGCUUGAGAAAUUUUCUUUUUUUAUUUUUGGGUAUUGCUAUUUAUUAAAGUCCUGAUGAUGGGGAUUGCAGAUUCCCAAGAGAAGUGGAAUUUGUUAUUUUUUUUUCCUGCUUGAGAUAGUGAAAGAGAGAGAAAGAGGUGUUUGUUUGUGGGGUGUAGAGAGAAGGUGGGGAUUGAAUUCAAAGGCUGCAUUGAUUAUUGAAUGAAAGGAGAGGAGAUGGUGGGUCAUGUAAGGGUUGGGAAAGGAGACAUCAUGUGGGUUAGGUAAAUAAGAGAGAGAAAGAGAGAGAAAAAUAAAGAGUCAUUGAAGUGUUGUGUGAUAUAGUCAAGCUUCUCACUCAGUCCUCCAUCAUUGCUAUCAACUUCUUCCUUUAUUAAUGAAGAAGAAGGCUCAAUAGGCAUUGAGCUGUGUGUGACUGCACCCAUAGGAAGUGGGUGCCUUAUCACACGUGUGUAUUUGAUUUGGAUAGGGGGAAAAUCCUCCCCCGUGGCCUAUUUCUGGCCAUCCAAUGUAAAGGCCUUUGAGGGCCUCUAAAGCGUGUUGUAUUUGAAAUAAUGAAUGAAAGUAUAUGUAUCUUACUAAU